AUGACGGAUACAUUUGUGAAAAAGUCCGAAAUUGUAACCGAAGAACGAAAGGUGAAUGAAAAAUUGGAAAAUGCAAAUCAAGGUCAAUCUCAGAUCGCCAAACUUUUUCCGGCGCCUAGAAAUGACUCUGCCGUAAGGAAUAGUUUGAUAUGGAUGCAAGAGCAACACACUCAAAGAAUUGUCGAAGAACAAAAUCGUGCGUUAGAAUACGCCAGUGUCCUGGAACCAGACGCCAAACCGCCUAUAAAAUUCAAGAAAGAUGACGAACAAGAAAAAGAAGAAGAUUUUCGACUAGACGAGGAGGCCGCUAUGACUGUCGCUCGAAUUCGAGAAGCAGCGGUGAAAAAGAUAAUUGAGACACGUACCAACGGGAAAAUGCCUACUGGAUAUCAAGCGGCUGCACAAGACGCUGAAAUCGUCAACUAUAUUACUGCGACCGCCGACGUUUCGAUAUUGAACAAAAUGCCGGAACCUAAGACAUUAAAGAGACACGUUGACUUUUUGAGUCCUCCUAAUACCGUAGUCCGUAGAAAUGUCGCAUGUUCUCAAAACGGACAAACUCUACGACUCCCUAUACUACAGAAUCCGAGACGUGUACCAACGAUGCUACCUGUGAAAACAAUAAUGAGACCAUCCAAUCCAUCCUCCAGUACGGUUGCAGUGAAGACACUGAGUGGUCUUAAACAACCGAAGGAAGAGCUACUCCCUACCGCACCAACUUAUAUCCCAAGUGGAACGACAAUGGAGAAAAUCUUUAUCACACGUGGACCAGAUGGGAAAAUUGUUACGACUCGAAGAGUUGUGAUAAAAAGAGUACCACCUCCUCCUCAAAUCCAAAAAGUGAUUCUUGCACCACCUCCUGGUUUAACUCAACGCCUUCAACCGGGAAAUGGAAAUCGAGAAUUGACAAAUCAACCAAUCUGUUGUGAAAUGACUCAGAAACUGGUUAAAGAAGAGCCAAUAGACGUGAAAGAAGAACCGAUGGAAGACACUGGAAGCCCUUAUAGUACAAUUCAAAGUGGCUAUACGUCAGCGAUGCAACCCAGAAUUCCGGUUCUUGAUCAAGAACCAGGGAAAACCAAAAGUAUCUACGAGCCCGCCGCGCUUCAACGAAGCACCUCACCAUCUAGAAUUUUUCUCGGCGCCCAGGAACCAAUGAAAGAUUUUCCGGAAGAGUUUCAGACAAAAAAGUUCAGUCGGUUCACACAGAAAGUUGUGAGAAAUUUCAAUCUGGCGUCGUUUGGAAAGCGUCCGGCUGUAAAUUCUACGGAUGAUAUAUCAAAUAUUAUCAAUAAAAGUGCAGUUUUGAUAGAAGACGUGGAGGAAAAAGAAGAAAAAGAAGAAGAUGAAAUCGAUAAAGAAGAAAUCCAGCGAAUGGUAGAUCUCAAAAAAGCACGAAUCCAAGAAUCCAUGCGACAAAAACAGGCAUUGGCUCAGAAACUGAUUCUCAACGAAUUCAAAAUCUGCGAGUACAUGCAGUCAGACGAAUUCAAGAAUUUCAUAAAACCACCUGAAGAUUCAUCGGCAUUUCAAAAGAUCAUUCAGACGCCCGCACCGUUGGCGGCGUUUCCAGAAUACUGUGAAUCUUUGUCGCGUUCUUCGCCAAGUCUGUUCAAAAAUUUGGCACGUAUUCAUCAUAUGCAAAACAAUGAUGUAAGCAAGUUUUUGAGCAAGGAAUUGGAUGAACGCAUUGAAAGAAAGAAAAGACUAGUGUUCGGCGGCCCGAUGCAAUUGACACAUGGCAUAUUAGGAAUGAAGAAAAAAGAUCGACUGAAAAAUCUUUCAAGUGGUAUAAUCGCAAUGUUGGAAGUUACUUGGAAUGGUGUAACCACAAAAGUGCCAGAAUUCAUCCAAUGUAGUUUGUGCGGUGACAUAAUGCGUUUGUGCAUGAGAAAAUGCAACUCUCGUGGAGUUUUAAGAGAACACCCCGCAUACAGAUGCCUACGCAAACAUUGCCAAACAUUCCAUUCCGUCAAGAAGCAAUUCAAUUUGAACAUAAAAAAUAAUAUUUCUCACUGGUACGCUAUUCCUGUACCUCCGAAGGUGUCAUCGAAAAAGAAGAAGAAGGGAUCGUAUAUGGGUCCAACCAAGUUCAUUAUCAAGGCAGUGGAAUGCACACCAAAAGUUGCAAAUGCUGAAAUUUUCAAAUCGGAAACUCCCGAAAUUGAGAUUUCAAAGGAAGAAAGUCCGGAAAAUGCUGAAAUUGCACGAGAUGAGGACGAGGACGCCGGAGAGACCAUCGGUUUUAGUUUCUUUACUGAAAACUCGAAUUUGGAUUCUGGAGAAUUUAGUGAUGAGGAAAAAGAAGACACCGAUGAAGAUUCAAGUGACAAAGAAGAUUUUUCUAGACCAGUUACAAAUUAUCGAUCUCCCGUCAACGUCUCACCAACUCAAGCACUCUCUCGCCAUCAGCCCACACUGUCAAAGACACCGCUCCAUAUCCCAUCCACAUCACAUUCUGGAACCGUCUCCAGUCUCCAACGCUAUCUCACCCAGCUGCCCACACGAUCCAGCCCGUUGCCUCUUGCCCCAUCAACGUCACUCUCCAUAACUGACUCCUAUCCUCAAAUGCUCUCUCACCCCACAGUGUCAUGA